AUGUCUUACGACGAUAUCGAGAAUGCCACACCAGACAUUGUGAUUGGAUCCACGCUCCCUGAAAACGAAGAGGACAUGGUCUACGAGCACGAUGUCGAGUCUGGCUGUGAGGAACAGGAACAAGAAGCUCCAGCCAAGGAGAAGAAGCUGGUGGCCUUUGCUGGUUUAGACGACGAGUACGAUGCCGAGGCCGCUCGUAAAGAGUUCGAGGAAGGUGGUGGUCUUCCCGAGCAGCCAGACGACAUUGACGUAUCGACCUUGACUCCAACUUCUCCAGAGAUCAUCAACAGACAGGCCACUAUCAACAUCGGUACGAUUGGUCACGUCGCCCACGGUAAGUCCACUGUGGUGAGAGCUAUUUCGGGUGUUCAGACCGUCCGUUUCAAGGACGAGUUGGAGAGAAAUAUCACCAUCAAGUUGGGAUACGCCAACGCCAAAAUCUACAGAUGCAGCGAUCCAAAGUGUCCGCCUCCAGGGUGCUACCGUUCGUUCAAAUCCGACAAGGAGAUUCACCCCAAGUGCGACGUUCCAGGUUGUGAAGGGCGUUACAACUUGGUGCGCCAUGUUUCGUUUGUGGACUGUCCCGGUCAUGACAUUUUGAUGAGUACCAUGUUGUCAGGUGCCGCUGUCAUGGACGCCGCCUUGUUGCUUGUUGCUGGCAACGAGAGCUGUCCGCAGCCACAAACAUCGGAGCACUUGGCUGCCAUUGAAAUCAUGAAGUUGAAGCACGUCAUCAUUUUGCAGAACAAGGUGGAUUUGAUGAGAGAGGAGCUGGCGUUGGAGCACCAGAAAUCCAUCUUGAGCUUUAUCAGAGGCACCAUCGCCGACGGCGCUCCAAUUGUGCCAAUCUCGGCUCAAUUGAAGUACAACAUCGACGCCGUCAACCAGUUGAUCUGCGACUACAUCCCCGUUCCUCCAAGAGACUUCAUGGCAUCUCCACGUUUGAUCGUGAUUAGAUCUUUCGAUGUCAACAAGCCCGGUGCUGAGAUCGAGGACUUGAAAGGUGGUGUUGCUGGUGGGUCCAUCUUGAACGGUGUUUUCAAGAUUGGCGACGAGAUCGAAAUCAGACCUGGUAUCGUCACCAAGGACGACAAUGGUAAGAUCCAGUGCAAGCCAAUUUUCUCCAACAUCGUUUCUCUUUUCGCCGAGCACAAUGACUUGAAGUUUGCCGUGCCCGGUGGUUUAAUUGGUGUGGGUACUAAAGUCGACCCAACCUUGUGCAGAGCCGAUAGAUUGGUGGGUCAAGUUGUGGGCGCCAAGGGCAACUUGCCUUCCAUCUACACCGACAUCGAGAUCAACUACUUCUUAUUGAGAAGAUUAUUGGGUGUGAAGACCGAGGGCCUGAAACAGGGUGCUAAGGUGCGUAACUUGGAGUCCGGUGAAGUGUUGAUGGUCAACAUCGGCUCUACCGCCACCGGCGCCCGUGUGGUUGCCGUCAAGGCCGAUAUGGCUCGUUUGCAAUUGACUUCUCCAGCAUGUACCGAGGUGAACGAAAAGAUCGCCUUGUCCAGACGUAUCGAGAAGCACUGGCGUUUGAUUGGUUGGGCCACCAUAAAGAAAGGUACAACUUUAGACCCUGUUGCUUAG